AUGACUCGUGUAUUCCCUACGAGGCGUACGUUGCAAUGGAGACGGGGUGCUGAAUCAGGCAACGGAAGAGGGGGAAGGCUACGCGGGAGAGGGGGGGGAGGAUAUGCGGGAGAUGGGGGAGAAGGAUGCACUGUAGAGGGGGGAGAAGGAUACGCGGGAGAGGGGGAAGAAGGAUACGCGGGAGAGGGGGAAGAAGGAUACGCGGGAGAGGGAGAGGUAGGUGACGCGGGAGAGGGGGGAGAAGAAGAUGUGGGAGAGGGGGGAGCAGGGUAUGCGGGAGUGGGGGGAGAAGGAUAUGCGGUAGAGGGGGGAGAAGGAGAUGCGGGAGAGGGUGGCGAGAGAUAUGCGGGGGAUGGGGGAGCAGGAUAUGCGGAAGAGGUGGGGGAAGGAGAUGCCGGGGAGGGGGGAGAAGAAGAUGCGGGAGAGGGUGGAGCAGAGUAUGUGGGAGAGGGGGGAGCAGGAUAUGCAGGAGAGAGAGCAGAAGGAUAUGCUGGAGAUGGGGGAGCAGGAUAUGCGGGAGAGGGGGGGGAACGCUUACAUAGGAAAUGA